CAGAACAGAAUAGCUGGUGGCCUAUGCCGUGCGACGCGUGAUACAUAGGCUUCUUGUGGCAUUUUUUCGUGUUGAAAACCCUUACUGUCGCGCGAAACGUUGUGAGCUUAGCGAUAUGGCGAGCAAGGAGGAGGUGGAGGCUGCCUGUAUGCCUCUCUUCCUGGGCAUUGGACUGGAUGAGACUGUAGCCAAGAACGCUACAAAGAAUCCCAAGUUCGCCAAGACACUUGAGGAGGUGAUCCAUGAAGCAGGCGCUGCGUCCGGUUGCCCUAAGGCUAAGGGCAACCUGCUUUAUGCGGUCGCUAGCAAGUACCCGGCCAACGCGCUGUGCCACCGGCCCAUGCUGCUGGGCUACAUCAUGUGCGAGCACAUGAAGUCCAACGCCCAGCUGGACGGCGCGUUCGAGUACCUGCGGCGGGUGGGCACCACGGAGGUGGACAAGAAGGCGCUGGAGGAGGCGGCGGGGGUGGGCGUGGUGGUGACUCCCGACCAGAUCAAGGCUGCGGUGGCGGAGGAGGUGGAGGGCAGCAAGGAGAAGCUGCUGGCGGAGCGCUACCGUGUGAACAUGAAUGUGCUGCUGGGGGCAGUCACUCGCAAGCUCAAGUGGGCGGACGGGGCGCUGGUGCGCAGCACGCUGGAGUCCGCUGUUGAGGCGCUGCUGGGCCCCAAGACGGAGGCCGACCUGGCGCCCCCCGAGCCCAAGAAGAAGACCAAGGCGCCACCCGCGCCACAGCAGCCCGCAGCAGCAGCAGCAGCAGCAGCAGCGGCACCCGCAAAGGAGGACAAGGCCGCGGAGGCUCAGACCGCUGAGCCCGCCGCCGCUGCUCCCCCCGACGACCCCUACUCCUUCCUGCCCAAGCCCGAGGUCAACAACGGGGUGCACACCACCGUCAACUUCUCCGACGGCCGCAUCAUGCGCAUCGCCAACUCGCCGGAGGCUCUGUCCGCCCACCUGGACCGCACGGGCGGCAAGGUGAUGACGCGCUUCCCGCCCGAGCCCAACGGCUACCUGCACAUCGGGCACGCAAAGGCCAUGUUUGUUGACUUCGGCAUGGCCCGGCAUUACGGCGGGCAGUGCUACCUGCGCUACGAUGACACCAACCCGGAGGCGGAGAAGCUGGAGUACAUCCAGCACAUCGAGGAGAUCGUGAGCUGGAUGGGCUGGCAACCCUGGAAGAUCACCUACUCCUCCGACUACUUCCAGGCGCUGUACGACCUCGCCGUACAGCUCAUCAAGAGCGGUCACGCCUACGUGUGCCACCAGAGCAAGGAGGAGAUCGAGGCCAGCCGCGAGAAGCGCGAGCCCAGCCCCUGGCGCGACCGCCCCAUUGAGGAGAGCCUGCGGCUGUUCGACGACAUGCGGCGGGGGCUUGUGGAGGAGGGCAAGGCCACUCUGCGAAUGAAGAUGGACCAUAAGAACGAGAACUACAACAUGUUCGACCUGAUCGCCUACCGCAUCAAGUUCACACCGCACCCGCACGCAGGGGACAAGUGGUGCAUCUACCCCUCCUACGACUACACUCACUGCCUGGUGGACUCGCUGGAGGACAUCACCCACUCGCUGUGCACCCUGGAGUUCGAGACGCGGAGGGCGUCAUACUACUGGCUGCUGGAGGUGUUGGGUCUGUACAAGCCGGUGGUGUGGGAGUACUCGCGGCUCAACAUCACCUACAACGUUAUGUCCAAGCGCAAGCUCAACAAGCUGGUGAUGGGCGGCUACGUGAACGGCUGGGACGACCCGCGGCUGCUCACGCUGGCGGGCCUGCGCCGUCGCGGCGUGCCGUCCACCUCCAUCAACGCCUUCUGUCGCGACAUUGGCAUCACGCGCAAUGAGAACAUCAUCGCACUGCACCGCUUGGAGCACCACGUGAGGUCGGAGCUGGACGCAACCUCGCCGCGGACUCUGGCGGUGCUGCGGCCGCUCAAGGUUGUGAUCACCAACAUGCCCGCGGACCACUUCGAGGAGGUGGAGGCGCGCACCUUCCCCGGCCGCGAGGGCAGCGAAGCCUACAAGGUGCCCCUCACGCGGGUGGUGUACAUCGAGGCGACGGACUUCAGGCUCAAGGACGAGAAGGACUACUACGGACUGGCCCCCGGCAAGUCCGUCAUGCUGCGGUACGCCUACCCCAUCACCUGCACCUCCUUCCGCCAGGAUCCCGCUACCGGCCAGGUGGUGGAGCUGGAGGCAACCUACGACCCAGACCACUACAAGGCGGGACGCAAGCCGCCAAAGGGCGUGCUGAACUGGGUGUCGCAGCCCGCACCCGGGCAGGAGCCGCCCACCUUCGAGGCCAGGCUGUACGACACGCUGUUCAAGAGCGAGGACCCGGGUGCGCUGGAGGCCUGGCUGGAGGACCUCAACCCCGACUCGCUGCUCAAGCUGAGCGGCUGCGUCAUGACGCCGCGACUAGCGGCCGCAAAGGUUGGCGACCGGUUCCAGUUCGAGCGGUUGGGUUACUUUGCCGUGGAUCCGGAAUCGACCCCUGGGUCACUGGUCUUCAACCGCACCGUCACGCUCAAGGAGUCCAAGCCCGUGUCGCUCAAGAAGUGAGAGCGAAAGGAGAGCGAGAGAGCUGACAGGGGUGGGGUAAGGAGAAACGCCAUGAGGUGCGUAGGCAGGGUUGGGUGCGGCAGGAGGCAUGAAGAGGCGUAGGGGUGCUGUGUACCCUGUCGUAGGAGGAGAGUGCUUGAUGGAGGUAGAGAGGGAGAGCGCGUGCGUGUUUGUGCGUAUGUGGCAAAGUGUUGAGGGGUUGGUGGUAUCAGGAGUAGGCAUGUUGGGGCACCAGGGGGGCUGCAGUCAGUCGAAGGUCAGGGGCCUGAGGCUGCCUGUAUAGGUAUGUGGGGAGCUCGGUCGUCAUGGAGGGCAGGGGGGAUUUCAGCUGGUGUGGGCGAAUGCUGCACAUGCGGGUUGGGGCCCGAAGGCGCACACAUGGGGUUAUUGGUGACGCUCUCCAUGAUACACCUCAUGCAGCUAGCUGGCUGGGCUGGGCAUGUGUCGUGUAUGGGUAAUCCAUUGCUUAGUGCAGCCGAAAGCCAUGUUGGUGUUUUGCCUCGCGCUUGGGAGGUCAACAACUUGACCCUUUGGUGACUUCUAACUAAGACUUCAACUACCUGCGCUGCCAACGCUAAAAAGGCGGACUGUGGAUGGUAGCGAACGCGGUGUGCGUGUAUCAGACCUGCCUUGGGUUGCUGCUUGUUAGGGGCGCGCGUAGCUUCGCCUGCAAUACGGGAGACAAAAUGGGGCAAAGUGCUUUCGUGCCGCGAGAGGAGGGCUCCGUGAGAAAGCCCGGUGUGAUUCUACAACGGUAGCAAGUUACAUGUGAGCAUGUGUAUGGAUAGCUUGU